CUUCGGAGAUCCGUGCGCUGGGCUCCGCCGAGGGGCAGGCUGAGCCCGAGCUAGCGCAGCCCCGGCCCACGGAGGAGGAGGCGCGCGGGUUCCCGGAGUCCUGGCCGUGGCACGUGCGGUGACCCGUCCCAGCACCAUGGCGCUCUGGGCGCUGGGCCCCAACACUGCCCCUUAGCGCCGCGCGGCUGACGACCCGGGCCCGGCCCUCCAGGCAUGGAGCCGCACGUGCUGGGUGCCGCGCUCUACUGGCUGCUUCUGCCCUGCGCGCUCCUGGCCGCCUGCCUGUUCCGCGUCAAUGCGCUGUCUCUGGUCUACCUGCUGUUUCUGUUGCUGCUGCCCUGGUUCCCUGGCCCCACCCGGCACAGCAUCCGAGGUCACACGGGUCGCCUCCUCCGGGCCCUGCUCUGCCUCAGCCUCCUCUUCCUGGUGGCCCAGCUCACUUUCCAGAUAUGUCUGCACACCGUGCCCCACCUGGACCAGCUCCUGGGAUCCAACUGCAGCCGCUGGGAGACCCUCUCACAGCAUGUGGGGGUCACGAGGCUGGACCUGAAGGACAUCCCCAACACCAUCCGGCUGGUGGCCCCCGACCUGGGCAUCCUGGUGGUCUCCUCCGUCUGCCUUGGCCUCUGCAGGCGCCUCACAAGGAAAACCCGGGAGAACCCACAAACCCACGAGCUGGAUGAUGACGUGGAUGUGGGCCCCCUGGCAGGGCUGCAGGGAGGCCCUGCAACAGCCUCCAAGCAGAGGUCACGGCUGGCCACCCGGUUCCGGGUCACAGCUCACUGGCUGCUGGUGGCCGCAGGGCGGACCCUGGCUGUAACGCUGCUCGCACUGGCAGGCAUCGCCCACCCCUCAGCCUCCUCCAGCAUCUACCUGUUGGCCUUCCUGACCAUCUGCACCUGGUGGGCCUGCCACCUCCCCAUCAGCCCUCUGGGCUUCAGCACCCUCUGCAUCAUGGUGGGCUGCUUUGGCGCCGGCCAUCUCAUCUGCCUCUACUGCUACCAGAUACCCUAUGCCCAGGACAUUCUCCCACCUGCAGGCAUCUGGGCCAGGGUGUUUGGUCUCAAGGACUUCCUGGGCCCCUCCAACUGCUCCAGCCCCAAUGCACUAACCCUCAACACCAGCCAUGACUGGCCUGUGUACGUGAGCCCCGGGGUGCUGCUGCUGCUCUACUACACAGUGACGUCCCUCCUGAAGCUUCACAGACCCGACCCCUCCUCCCAGACGGUGCACAGGGAGCGGGAGAUGGAGCUGGCCGAGAUGGACCAGUGGUCCCAGGACGGGGAAGCCACCCAGUUUGCCGUUCCCACGCCCGCAGCGUCCGACACCAACGCUGACAGCUGCAUUGUACAUGACCUGACCGGCCAGACCCCCGUCCGACAGCGACCCGUACGCCCAAGGCUCGCUGAGCCAAAGGAGCCAUCUCCGCUGCAUGGCCUGGGCCACCUUGUCAUGGACCAGAGCUACGUGUGUGCCCUUAUUGCCAUGAUGGUAUGGAGCAUCACCUACCACAGCUGGCUGACCUUCGUACUGCUGCUCUGGGCCUGCCUCAUCUGGACGGUGCGCAGCCGCCGCCAGCUGGCCCUACUGUGCUCGCCCUGCCUCCUGCUCUAUGGGCUGGCACUGUGCGGCCUGCGCUAUGUGUGGGCCAUGGACCUGCGCCCUGAACUGCCCACCACCCUGGGCCCCAUCAGCCUGCGCCAGCUGGGGCUGGAGCACACCCGCUAUCCAUGCCUGGACCUUGGUGCCAUGUUGCUCUACACCCUGACCUUCUGGCUCCUGCUGCGUCAGUUUGUGAAGGAGAAACUAUUGAAGACAAAGAAGGCUUUGGCCGAGCUGACCGAGGUCACCGUGGCAGACACAGAGCCCACACGGAUGCGGACGCUGCUCCGGAGUCUGGGCGAGGUGGUGAAGGGCGCAUACGCCAAAUACUGGAUCUACGUGUGCGCCGGGAUGUUCAUCGUGGUCAGCUUUGCUGGCCGCCUCGUGGUCUACAAGAUCGUCUACAUGUUCCUCUUCCUGCUCUGCCUCACGCUCUUCCAGGUCUACUAUAGUCUGUGGCGGAAGCUGCUCAAGGCAUUCUGGUGGCUCGUGGUGGCCUACACCAUGCUGGUGCUCGUGGCUGUCUACACCUUCCAGUUCCAGGACUUCCCCACGUACUGGCGCAACCUCACGGGCUUCACUGACGAGCAGCUGGGGGACCUGGGCCUGGAGCAGUUCAGCGUGUCCGAGCUCUUCUCCAGCAUCCUGGUGCCCGGCUUCUUCCUGCUGGCCUGCAUCCUGCAGCUGCACUACUUCCACCGGCCCUUCAUGCAGCUCACCGACCUGGAGCGCCCGCUCCCGCCUCCCACCAGCCCCCCACGCUGGACUCACAGGCAGGACCCUGUGAGCAGGACCCCACUGCUGCAGGAGGAGGAGGGGGCACCCAGGGCUGAGGACCCGAGCUCAGCUGGCCUCCGCCCCACCAUGCAAGUGCCUGACGGCACAGCCAGCAAGUGGGGCCUGGUUGCUGAGCGGCUGCUGGACCUGGCGGCUGGCUUCUCGGACGUCCUCGGCCGUGUGCAGGUGUUUGUGUGGCGUCUGCUGGAGCUGCACGUCUUUAAGCUGGUGGCCAUGUAUACUGUCUGGGUGGCCUUGAAAGAGGUGUCGGUGAUGAACCUCCUGCUGGUGGCACUCUGGGCCUUCGCCCUGCCCUACCCCCACUUCCGGCCCAUGGCGUCCUGCCUGUCCACUGUGUGGACCUGCGUCAUUAUCGUGUGUAAGAUGCUGUACCAGCUCAAGGCUGUCGACCCUGUGCUGUACUCUAGAAACUGCACGAAGCCCUUCCCCAAUAGCACCAACCUGCUGGCGACAGAAAUCAACCAGUCUGUGCUGUACCGGGGGCCUGUGGACCCUGCCAACUGGUUUGGGGUACGGAAGGGAUACCCCAACCUGGGUUACAUCCAGAACCACCUGCAGAUCCUGCUACUGCUCAUCUUCGAGGCAAUGGUGUACCGGGGCCAGGAGCAGCACCGCCGUCAGCACCAGCUGGCCCCUCCACCUGCCCAGGCCGUGUGUGCUGAUGGCACCCGCCAGCAGCUUGACCAGGACCUGCUCAGCUGCCUCAAGUACUUCAUCAACUUCUUCUUCUACAAAUUUGGGCUAGAGAUCUGCUUCCUGAUGGCUGUGAACGUGAUUGGGCAGCACAUGAACUUCAUGGUCAUCUUGCACGGCUGUUGGCUGGUGGCCAUCCUCACCCGCAGGCAGCGCCGGGCCAUCGCCCGCCUCUGGCCCAACUACUGCCUCUUCCUCACUCUCUUUCUGUUGUAUCAGUACCUGCUGUGUCUUGGUGUCCCCCCAGUCCUGUGCAAAGAUUACCCAUGGCGCUGGAGCCAGGCCAUCCCCAUGAACUCCGCACUCAUCAAGUGGCUGUACCUGCCUGACUUUUUCCAGACCCCCAACUCCACAAACCUCUUCAGUGACUUCCUCCUGCUGCUCUGUGCCUCCCAGCAGUGGCAGGUGUUCUCAGCCGAGCGCACAGAGGAAUGGCAGCGUGUGGCUGGCCCUAACACUGACCACCCAGAGCCUCUGCGGGGGGAGCCUAACCCGGUGCCCAACUUCAUCCACUGCAGGUCCUACCUCGACAUGGUCAAGGUGGCUGUCUUCCGCUACCUGUUCUGGCUGGUGCUGGUGGUGGUGUUCAUCACGGGUGCCACCCGCAUCAGUGUCUUCGGCCUGGGCUACCUGCUGGCCUGCUUCUACCUGCUGCUCUUCGGCACCAGCCUGCUGCAGAAGGACACGCGGGCUCAGCUCGUGCUGUGGGACUGCCUCAUCCUCUACAACGUCACCGUCAUCAUCUCCAAGAACAUGCUCUCGCUCCUGUCCUGCGUCUUCGUAGAGCAGAUGCAGACCAGCUUCUGCUGGGUCAUCCAGCUGUUCAGCCUCGUGUGCACCGUCAAAGGCUACUACAACCCCCAGGAGAUGAUGGCCAAAGACCAGGACUGCCUGCUACCCGUGGAGGAGGCCGGUAUCCUCUGGGACAGCGUCUGUUUCUGCUUCUUGCUGCUGCAGCGCCGGGCCUUCCUUAGCUACUACUUCCUGUAUGUCAGGGCCGACCUUCAGGCUACCGCCCUGCAGGCCUCCAGGGGCUUUGCACUCUACAAUGCUGCCAACCUCAAAAGCAUCGAUUCCCACCGCCAGGCAGAGGAGAAGUCUCUGGCUCAGCUAAAGAGACAGAUGGAACGGAUUCGUGCCAAGCAGGAGAAGCACCGCCACCCAGGACGCAGCCACCCCCAGGACCCCCUGGGCCCUGAGGACUCCGGGCAGGAGCCAGGGCCUGGCAGUCCAGGGGGCUCCUUCCUGCCACGGAGACAGUGGUGGCGGCCCUGGCUGGACCAUGCCUCAGUCAUCCACUCUGGGGACUACUUCCUGUUUGAGUCAGACAGUGAGGAGGAGGAGGAAGCCCUGCCAGAGGACCCUAGGCCGUCAGCACAGAGCCCCUUCCAGAUGGCGUACCAGGCAUGGGUGACCAACGCCCAGACGGUGCUGAGGCAGCGGCAGCGGCAAGACCAGGCAGGGCAGCUGCCCACUGGAGGUGGCCAGGACCAGGAGGUGGAGCCAGUGGAGGGCCCUGAGGAAGAGGUCACAGGCCGCAGUCAUAUGCUACAGCGGGUGCUGAGCACCGUGCAGUUCCUAUGGGUGCUGGGGCAGGCGCUGGUGGAUGCACUGACGCACUGGCUGUGGGACUUCACCAGGCACCACCGCACCAUGAGCGACGUGCUGCUUGCAGAGCGCUACCUCCUCACACAGCAGCUCCUGAGGGAAGGAGAGGUGAGCCGGGGAGUUCUGGACCAGCUGUAUGCCAGUGUGGGUGAGGCCACACUGCCAGGAUUCUCAGAGGCCCGCCACAUACCCAGCACAGGAUCCAGCAUGCUGGGGGCCGAGGAGCCCCUGAGUAGCGUGACUGACACCAGCAGCCCCCUGAGUACUGGCUACCACACGCGCAGUGGCAGUGAGGAGGCAGUCACCGACCCUGGGGAGUCUGAGGCCAAAGCUUCUCAGCACAGCUCCCGAGAGCUUCCGGCCAGCACCCGCAUCCAGAUGCGGACAGCCAGCGAACUGCUCCUGGACAGGUGCCUGCAAAUCCCAGAGCUGGAGGAGGCAGAGCAGUUUGCGGAGAAGCAGGGCCGGGCGCUGCGUCUGCUGUGGGCCGCCUACCAGUGCGUGGCUGCCCACUCGGAGCUUCUCUGCUACUUCAUUAUCAUCCUCAACCACAUGGUCACGGCUUCGGCCAGCUCCCUGGUGCUGCCUGUGCUCGUCUUCCUGUGGGCCAUGCUAUCCAUCCCUCGGCCCAGCAAGCGCUUCUGGAUGACUGCCAUCGUCUUCACGGAGGUGGUGGUGGUCACCAAGUACCUGUUCCAGUUUGGCUUCUUCCCCUGGAACAGCCACGCGGUGCUGAGGCGCUACGAGAACAAGCCCUACUUUCCGCCACGUAUCCUGGGGCUGGAGAAGACUGAUGGCUACGUCAAAUACGACCUGCUGCAGCUCAUGGUCCUCUUCUUCCAUCGCUCCCAGCUGCUGUGCUACGGCCUCUGGGAUCACGAUGAGGACCCUCUGUCCAAGGAGGAUGACAGGAACAGUGGGAAGGAACAGGAGUCUGAGGAGGAGCCGGGGGUCCUGCUGGGCCCCCAGACCGAAGCAGGCACUGGGCUCCAGGAAGAUUUGGAGAUGCCUGGGGCCACCACCAAGGAUCACACUCAGGUAGAAGAAGUAAAGACCGGACCCAAGGAUGGGGCCCCAGAGUCCCAAGUGGAGCUGAAGCCCUCCAGUAUGAGGCGCAUCAGUCUACGUUUUAGGAAAAGGAAGAGAGCGAGCCCAGAACCCGAAGGACCAGCAGCCAUUGACACGAAGGGAGGGGAAGAGGAGGAGGAGGAGGAGGAGGAGGUGACCGCCUCAGAGAAACAGAAGCUGCCAGGCCGUUCCCGAGAGAGAGUGAGGGCAGCCGCACUCUGGCUGCAGACCAGCUGCCUGUCUCUGGCCCAGAGCGUGUACCGGCCGCUGCGCUGCUUCUUCCACGACAUUCUGCACACUAAGUACCGCGCAGCCACUGACGUUUAUGUCCUCAUGUUUUUGGCUGAUGUUGUCGACUUCAUCAUCAUCAUCUUUGGCUUUUGGGCCUUUGGGAAGCACUCAGCGGCCACAGACAUCACAUCCUCCCUGUCAGAUGACCAGGUGCCUGAGGCCUUCCUGGUCAUGCUGCUGAUCCAGUUCAGCACCAUGGUGGUUGACCGUGCCCUCUACCUGCGCAAGACGGUGCUGGGCAAGCUGGCCUUCCAAGUGGUCCUGGUGGUGGCCAUCCACCUCUGGAUGUUCUUCAUCCUGCCUGCUGUCACUGAGAGGAUGUUCAGCCAGAACGCAGUGGCCCAGCUGUGGUAUUUCGUCAAGUGCAUCUACUUCGCCCUGUCUGCCUACCAGAUCCGCUGUGGCUACCCUACCCGCAUCCUCGGUAACUUCCUCACUAAGAAGUACAAUCACCUGAACCUCUUCCUUUUCCAAGGGUUCCGGCUGGUGCCCUUCCUGGUGGAGUUACGGGCAGUGAUGGACUGGGUGUGGACAGAUACCACACUGUCCCUGUCCAACUGGAUGUGUGUGGAGGACAUCUAUGCCAAUAUCUUCAUCAUCAAGUGCAGCCGAGAGACAGAGAAGAAAUACCCACAGCCCAAGGGACAAAAAAAGAAGAAAAUUGUUAAGUAUGGUAUGGGCGGCCUCAUCAUCCUCUUCCUCAUCGCCAUCAUCUGGUUCCCCCUGCUCUUCAUGUCGCUGGUGCGUUCUGUGGUUGGUGUUGUCAACCAGCCCAUAGAUGUCACUGUCACCCUCAAACUGGGUGGCUAUGAGCCACUGUUCACCAUGAGUGCCCAGCAGCCGUCCAUCAUCCCCUUCACAUCCCAGGCCUAUGAGGAGCUAUCCAGACAGUUUGACCCACACCCGCUGGCCAUGCAGUUCAUCAGCCAGUACAGCCCUGAGGACAUCGUCACAGCACAGAUAGAGGGCAGCUCUGGGGCACUAUGGCGUAUCAGCCCCCCAAGCCGGGCCCAGAUGAAGCGGGAGCUAUCCAAUGGCAAUGCCCACAUCACCCUGCGCUUCACCUGGAACUUCCAGAGGGACCUGGCCAAGGGCGGCACAGUGGAGAACACCAACGAGAAACACACCCUGGACCUUGCUCCCAACAGCACCGCACGGCUGCAGCUGGCCAGGCUGCUUGAGGGCACCUCGAACCAGUCUGUAGUCAUCCCUAACCUCUUCCCCAAGUACAUCCGCGCCCCCAAUGGGCCUGAAGCCAAUCCCGUGAGGCAGCUGCAGCCUCAGGAGGAGGCCGACUACCUCGAUGUGCGCCUCCAGCUGCGGAGGGAGCACGUGGGCACAGGGGCCGCUGGCUUCCUCGAGUGGUGGGUGGUGGAGCUGCAGGACUGCCAGGCCGACUGCAACCUGCUGCCCAUGGUCAUCUUCAGUGACAAGGUCAGCCCUCCGAGCCUUGGCUUCCUGGCUGGCUACGGGAUCAUGGGGCUGUACGUGUCCAUCGUGCUGGUCAUUGGCAAGUUUGUCCGCGGCUUCUUCAGCGAGAUCUCCCACUCCAUCAUGUUCGAGGAGCUGCCCUGUGUGGACCGCAUCCUCAAGCUGUGCCAGGACAUCUUCCUGGUGCGGGAGACACGUGAGCUAGAGCUGGAGGAGGAGCUCUAUGCCAAGCUUAUCUUCCUGUACCGCUCACCAGAGACCAUGAUCAAGUGGACCCGAGAGAAGGAGUAGGCGCCAGGUAGUGUGGCCACGGUGCACAAUACUCCUGGGCUGGGGAGCAGUGACCCUCCACCCGGCCCACAUGAGCCCUGAUGCUGCUGUCAGAAGGACGCUGCGUCCCCACAGCCUGUGUGGUGCUGCCGUCCCACCCCUGUGCCCAGAUGGCCCUGGGUGGCCACACUGGGCCUAGCCCCCCACCUUUGCGUACUGUAGAGUUUUCUAAUUAAAAACAGUUUUAUUUAUACAGACAAUCACA